GUUAUGUCAAGGCCUCUCACUCAGCUCUUGCCGCCGGAUCUCCCCGCAGGGGCCACCAGCCCCCAGUUCGGGGCCAGCAACCCGGCUGGCAGUGGCCCCCAGGGUGGACACCUGACCUCCAUGACCAACCUGAAGUCCCUGCUCCAGCUGCCAAUCAAGACCGACCAGAGAGGCACCAAGGACUGCUGCGAGAUGAAAGACAAAGACAAGCCCUUGGACUCUGAUGAAGACUCAUUGGGUGUUAACGCCGGAGGGCCUGGUGGGGCGGGAGGAGCCCCAGGCUCCGGCGCCCUGCGACCCAACUCCCAGUCAGCCUUCCUGGGCCCGCUGCUGUGGGAGAGGACCCUGCCGUGUGACGGGGGGCUGUUCCAGCUGCAGUACAUGGACCUGGAGGAGUUCCUGACCGAGAACGGGAUGGGGAUGCACAGCAAUGGGCCCAGCUCCACCAGCGCCCAGAUCCCCUCCCAGAGUUCACAGUCAGCGGUGCCCAACCAGAGCUCCCAGUGCCCUCCCACCUCUCCCCCACCCUGCUCCUCAUCUUCCUCCUCCAUGUCCUCCUCAUCCUCCUCUUCCUCGCUGCUGGGACUGGAGACCGUCCAGCCACAGCCGCCGCCCCAACAGCAGCAAAGCAUGAUGGGAGGCCCCGAGUGUCUACAUGGUGGUCAGUCGGUGCCUCAGGACCCAUCGCCCUCUUCUACCUGCCCUCCGGCACCCCCCGGACCUCCGGCGGCCGCCAACGGCGGCAGCGACAUCCUGGUUAACUUUGACCCCGACCCGGCGGACCUGGCGCUGUCCAGCGUGCCGGGCCAGGAGGCGUUUGACCCGCGGCGGCACCGCUUCAGCGAGGAGGAGCUGAAACCUCAGCCGAUGAUCAAGAAGGCCCGCAAGAUGCUGGUCCCCGACGAGCAGAAGGACGAGAAGUACUGGAACCGGCGCGUCAAGAACAACGAGGCGGCGAAGCGCUCGAGGGACGCCCGGCGACUGAAGGAGAACCAGAUCUCGGUGCGCGCCGCCUUCCUGGAGCGGGAGAACGCCGCCCUUCGCCAGGAGGUGGCCGACAUGAGGAAAGAGCUGGGCCGCUGCAGGAACAUCAUCAACAAGUACGAGAGCAGGCACGGAGACUUGUGAGGCGGAGGAGGAAGAAGGAGGCGAAGGAGGGGAGGGGCAGGAGGGGAAGAGGAGAUAAGAAAAGGGUACAAGGCAACCCAACGACAUCAGCACUUUAGUUGAAGUGGCGAGGGGGAAGGCUGGCGUAGAUCUGCAGUAAGUGCCGUGCAACACUGGGCGCAAACACGAAAAGUGUGUUUUAGUGUGUACGCUGUGCUUCAGGAUGUCACGACAGGAAAGUGACGCACAGUGACGCCAUUUUUUUUCCCGUCUGACUCUUUGUAAAUGCUGCUUCGCUGAAUCCACACGACGUACUGUAUCACCACCUUGUGUCACCCCGGCAGCUUACGUCACCCUCGGUGCUGUGCUUACGCCCGGUGUCGCACGGCGUUUAUGCAGGUAGUGCGUCCUAGUGCUACUCCGGCCAGUUCAAACAGGGUGUUGAAUUCACAUUAUGCCAGUGAAAUCUCACUUUUUAAGCUCAAGGCAUGGACACAAGCCAGGAGAGGUCAGAUGUGUAAUUUUUUUCUAUAAAUAGGACAAAAAACAUGUAUAUUUUUGAACUGGGCAGGAAGGCAAGACUAGUCCAGCAAAGAGGAGGAGGAGGAGGAGGAGGUGCAGGGUUUUCGUCCAUAACGCAGAGAUUUUGACAUAGGAUUAUUGUAUAUUUUUCUAUUAGCAGAGAUAGUCAGGAGGAGGAUUUUGGAGAUAAUCUUUUGUAUAUUUUAUAUAUGGGGCGGGGAGGGGCCGUUAGCUGGGCUGUUAGCUGGACAGUCACGGGGCCACACAAAGCGCUUUUCCUCCCAGCUGUUUAUCGCUAAACAACAAAUAAUCUAUUUUCGAUUUCACGGAGCAGGUUAGUCGGAGGCGGAGGCAUAACAGAGAAUGUAUCAUGGUUGAAUCAGGUAUUUCACACGGUGUGAGACGAGGCGAGGUAUCUUAGCAAAGAUUGUUUUUGGGUUAGGGGGCGUUGGAGCAGGAUGGUGAAACAAAAAUUGUAUAGUUUUAAAAAAAAUUUGUGUUCGUUUGUUAUCUUUACGGGCUCGUUCAAGCACUUGAUUUGUUAUCUUCUAUUUGAUUCCGUGUCUGAUUUUGAAAUAAUCGCAGGGCUUUUAUUUUUGAAGAUGAAGGAGAAAAAGAGAGAGAAAAACAGGAAGUAAUUAUCAGAACAGCUGGAUGUGAGCAGAUGUUUGAGAAUAAAUAAGGUGGAGAAUUUCGCUGGCAGGUUUUUGCAUUCAGUUGGGUGGACGUGCACUGCUCACACAAACACACUCGGCCACACAAAAUGUUGAUAAUAACACAACACGGAUGUGGUCUUUCUCUCUCUAUUUACUCCUCAGUUUGUACAGAAAAUGCAAAAAUGAAAUGUUAACUGGUUUAGGGUGGAUUUGCCCAGAUCGAACAGUGACUGAAACCUUCAGCAUGCAGACACACAACAAAGAAACACGUAGACAUGCACAGUCCUCACCCAGGUUUUAACCCUUAUUGUUGUUGUUGAUGUUGUUAUGGACUUCUAUGGUGCUGAUCUGAUCUGAUCCUUCACCUGACGCACACACACACACACACACACACACUUUGACAUAAAUCACACACAUGCAAACACACAUAAUAAAACACUUCCACCAUCUCAAACACAGUACUGAACUGCCUAUACCCUUUCUUUGUCUUUUAUUCCUUCUUUUUAGUUUAUUUUUUCUUUCUUUUGUUGCAUAUUGUAUUGAUAAAUCGUAUAUAGAUUUACACACCAACACUUGUCUAUACCUCUCCUUCAAACUUUACCCAAUGAGAAACGAGAAAUGCACCCUACUGCUACUGUACCAUACAACUGUACUAUUGAAUAUUAAACUAUUCUCUCACUAGAUAUAUAUGUGUAUAUGAUAUAUGCUUGAAUUAUGUGAUUAUAGUUGUAAUAUACAUAAUUGAAUAUAUUACAGAAAAACCCAUUGGAAUCAUUUUGUCAGUUUUUUCUCAGGUGUUUUUGUCUGAGGUAUUAAAUACACG